UGUAAAUUCCGCAUCGAGCCCUACAUUCUUCCGUUUCCUCCUCCCCGUUGGGCAAGAAACAAACAUCCGACUUGGCAGUCUGAGCCUUGCCAUCCUCUCCACAGUGCAGCACAAGUAGCCCACGCGGCGCAACGUUCUUUCCCCGCUCGGCACGCGAUCAUUCUCGCCCUUUCUCGUGCUUCCGCUGGCCAAGGGCAAACGAUGUCUUCAUAGUCCACGCCACGUUGGAUCUCCUCCACUCCACCCUCAAUCAAUCCCCACGAAUCAUGUGAUCAAACACCAUCACCACCAUCGCUACCCCAAUGCGACUCUACACCCCCGACUCCCUACUGUACCCCAUCACAGUCACGAAGCUGCUCCGCCGCCCCGGCGACGACAUCGAGCAGAACACCCCCCUCUUCACCUACCACUACCAGAGCGUCGUCAGCGUCUGGGACAAGGACCAGCGCGAAGAUGUCGAGCAGACCGCCACCCUCUACGCCGACUUCGAGAGCGAGUUCGAAGGCUCCGUCCUCAGCCUAGACAUCCAACGCGGCCAGGUGUUGACCGCGCGCACCUACGUCGGCGAGAUCGACGAGCCCUGCAAGCAUGAGGUGCAAUAUGGGGGGAUUUGCGCCAAUUGCGGCAAGGACAUGACGACGGUGCAGUACAAUUCGACGGCGCGGGGAACGGAUCGCGCGACGGUCAAUACGGUGCAUGGACAUACACAGCUGCUCGUGUCGCAAGAGCAGGCGAGCAGAGCAGACGAAGAGGCGAAGCGGCGCCUGCUGGAUGCGCGGAAGCUGAGUCUCGUCGUGGAUCUGGAUCAGACCAUCAUUCACGCCACGGUCGAUCCCACUGUGGCGGAGUGGCAGCGCGAUCCCUCGAAUCCGAACUACGAUGCCGUGAAAGAUGUGGAAGCCUUCCAGCUGGUGGACGAUGGGCCGGGGGCUAGGGGCUGCUGGUACUACAUCAAACUCCGACCAGGCCUGGAAGACUUUCUAGAAACGAUUUCGCAGUUCUACGAACUACACAUCUACACCAUGGGCACGCGGGCGUACGCGCAGAACAUCGCCAAGAUCAUCGAUCCGCAGCACAAGAUUUUCGGCGAGCGCAUCUUGUCGCGCGACGAGAGUGGGAGUAUGACUGCGAAGAAUCUCAAGCGGCUGUUUCCCGUCGACACGAAGAUGGUGGUGAUUAUCGACGAUCGUGGCGACGUGUGGCAUUGGAGUCCGAACCUUCUCAAGGUUAGCCCGUAUGACUUCUUCGUGGGCAUUGGGGAUAUCAAUAGUAGUUUCCUCCCCAAGCGACCCGAGUUGGAGGCCAAGCCGGUCAAAUCGAGCAAGACGGAGCAACAGCCUGCAAAAGAAGUUUCGGGAGACGCACCAAAGGCCGAGCCAUCCGGCGCCGAGGGAAAAGCAGCAAACGGAGAGGUGUCUGCCGUGGAUCGCAUGGUGUCUAUGGCCGGAAAGCAAGACGAAGGUAGCAUCAAAGAGAAAGCGGAAGAGCAAGACGAGCAACUCAACGCACAGCUGCAAGACCGCCCACUGCUGCAGAAGCAAAAGAUUUUGGACGCCGCGGAAGAAGAAGCCAAGACUUCGCCAGCAGUGGAGGCAGCUGGGGACCUUCUCGCAGAAAACGGAGAAGACGGACAAGACUCCUCCUCCGCCGCAGACCAACACCCGUCCAAAUACCGCCACAAUCUCCUACAAGACGACGACACGGAGCUCCACUACCUCGGCCAAAGUCUCCGCAACAUUCACACCGCCUACUUCGACGAAUACCAGCGCAAGACGGCCGGCGCCAAAGGCGGCCGCAUCGCCGACCUGCGCCCCGGCCCUGCCAAGAAGCGCUCCCUCGACGAAUUCGACCACAUCCCCGACGCCGCAGUCAUCGUAGCGAGCAUGAAGCAGCGCGUGCUGGCCGGCGUGCACCUCGUCUUCUCCGGCGUGGUGCCGCUCGGCGUCGACAUCCAGACGCACGACACGGCCAUUUGGGCCAAGUCGUUUGGCGCCAGCAUUAGCGAGAACAUCACCAAGCGCACGACGCACGUCAUUGCGUCGCCGGAGCGGCGGACGGCCAAGGUGCGCCAGGCGGCGAAGAAGAAGGGGCGCAUUGCGAUUGUCAGCCAGGCGUGGCUGUAUGCUUGCUUCACGCAAUGGAGGCGCGUAGACGAGGAGCCCUACCGCAUCCACUCCGUUGCGCCUGCCAACGGCGGCCACGUCGAGGAUGCAGAGGAGCUGGCGCGCUUCAUGCCCAGCGAGGAACGCGCGGACAGCAGUCCCACGGAAGAGGAAGUCCCCGACUACUGGGGCGAUAUCAACGACGAACUAGCGGACUUUCUCGGCUCGGAAGCGGACGACGACGACGACGAAGAUGGCGGCAGCGGCGGCGGCGGCGGGGAGAGUGACGGCGAGAGCGAUGGUGGGGGAGCGGGGGCGGGUAGUAGAUUGCAGAAGAGGAAGCGCGAGGCUGCUGCUAGGACGAGCAGUUUGACGCAGAUGGCUAAGGCGCCCUCGAGUCAUGCUUCGACGCCUGCUGCUGCUACUACUACUGCCGCCGAUGGUGAUGUCGACGACGGCGUAGAUGAGGCGGCCACGGCGGCGGAAGCAGCAGAAGAAGAAGAAGACGAUAGUCUGGAAGCGAUGCUCGCCGCCGAGAUGGAGAGGCAAAGCGAUGUGGAGUGAAAAGGCUCGAGCUCCAUCGCGACCGACGAACACGUGUG